AUGUUGGAAGCAACUGUUUUGACAACUGGAGCUCUUUGGUUGGAACAACUACUUGUUCACUACCUAAAGGCAAACGGUGUCUUCGCAAAAAUGAACGUUAUGCAGUACGUGAAUAAGUUUGGUUCGCAAGGCUGUCCGUUGGGGGAGAUGUCCAAGCAGCUGAUCCCGGUGGGCGCCUGGGCUCAAAUACCGCGAGCGGAGCAUCAGGGCUGUUACCGCAUCUGCCAGUGCUCCAACCAUGGGAGCCUGGAAAAGUGCCGGGACCUGAACUGCCCAGCCGCAACGACCUGUUGGGUGCAGAACAGCUUCGUAGCCCAUCGCACGAGUUUCUACCUCGAGUGCAAGCCCUGCCGGUGCUUCGAGGGCGAGGUCACCUGUUCGCGCAAGAGCUGCGCCGAGGUGCGCUACUCCACCCUGCCCUGCGACUGUCCGAGCCACUACGUGCCAGUCUGCGGUAGACUCGGGGUCACCUACGCCUCGGCCUGUCUGGCCAAGUGCGCGGGCCUGCUAGUCGGGGAGCUCGAGUACAACAGUUGCUCCAAGAGGCGCGGCCACGUCUGCGGCACGUCCAAGGCUUCAGAUCCUGGCAGCUGCAAGCCCAACGAGACGUGCUUUGCGAGACCCAAAGUCUGCCUAUCGCCCAUACACAAACCCUGUGAGCAGCACGAGUGCAUUAGACUUCCCUGCGAUCCUCGCUCCGACAAGAGAGGCCCAGUCUGUGACAAAAAAAGCCACGAGCACCCGUCACUAUGCUCUCUCGCGCAAAGGGGCGCCCAGCUAGCCUACUGGGGCCACUGCCAGCAGCGAUGCAGCACGAGGGGCAAAGUUUGCGGCAUCAACGGCGAAGAAUACGACAGCGAGUGCGCAGCCUGGGCCGACCGCACAGUUGUAGAUUACCAGGGCGAAUGCAUCGCCGUGGGCUUGAUCGGUGAACAGCCCAAACCCAGGUGCGCCGACGCUGUGGCGUGUCCUCCUCUGGCAAGGCAGAACUGCAUCGGUGUCACGCCCCCAGGUGCUUGCUGUCCCGUCUGCGGGGGUGCCGCGAGGCUGUUUUACUCAAAGAAGCAGCUCGACAGGAUAUACUACCAACUCCCUGACGACUCGGACAAACGCAUCGUCACCCUUGAGGCGAUGCUGGACGGCCUGUCCCGCCAACUGAAAGUCGCCGAGUGCGUCCUCCGCGGCAAGAUCACCCUCGACGGUGACAUAUUCGUUCUCAACCAGCCGGUCUCCAAGCGACCCUCCGAACUGCAGUUGUCGGCUUGCGUGGCCGAGAUCGAGAAACUAGUCAGUCGCAUCGCCGAUCGGAGCCCGAAGAUCGUCGCGGAGGUGCCGCUCAGCUCACUGACCUGGGCCGAGGUCGUCCACUCGAGGGUGGCGAGCAACGGGGCCAUGACAGCCCAAAGGAACGUCUUCACGCUCGUUGGUCUGGCUGCUCUCGUUGUAAGGAUAACGUUUUGAGGAGUCUAUUCGGCCAAUCGAACGUGUUGAGUUUUAUUGCUGCGGGAUUUGAAAAUGAAUCGUUACGAUUACCCGAUGAUGCGCGUAUAAUAUCACUGUGAAAUGCGCCCUUUUUUCUGUACAUACAUAUACUUAUCGUUAUAACUAAAGUUAUUUAGUAUUAAAUCUCUAGGCACGUAAGAAUCACAAAAGUUCGACGAAUUUUUUGCCAAUUGUGUAGAAAUAAGGUUCGAGAUUCACAAAGGUGAACGUUAUAUUCAUUACAAUUUCGUUUCCUGGUGUGGAGCUGAGCGAGUGAAAUUAAGAGUCCGUACGUGAAAGGUUUGAUUUGUAUCGCGACGCGAGGAUAUUUCAAAAUCUUCGACAAAUUUAAUGUUUUUGGGGACCGUUUUUUCCGCCCUCGAAAAAGCUGCAUCGAAAAC